AACUGUCACUUUACGUGUAACGAAAUUCCUCGAAGUUACGUCUUUGGCGAGCAAAGACGUUCCAAAAAUACUUUUUCCUCAAAAAUAGCCUUUAGUAAGGUUUUAAUUGCUACAAACUAUGUCCCUAAUUAGCAGAAAUAUUAUUCGAACCCUGGUGCAGGGGUCCCAGCUCGCGGGGAAAGGUCUGCACACCACGAGCGCGGUAAACGCCGACAAAAACGUAUGUUUCGCGCCACAUUCCAUCAGCUCCCUGCCUGUGAGCAAAGAGGGUCGCAUUAAGUGCACUCUCAUCCCCGGAGAUGGUGUCGGCCCCGAGCUCGUCUACUCCGUGCAGGAGGUGUUUAAGGCGGCCGGUAUUCCCGUGGACUUCGAGUCGUUCUUCUUCUCCGAGGUGAACCCGACAUUGAGCGCGCCGCUCGAGGACGUCGUCAACUCCAUCGCGCGCAACAAGAUCUGCAUCAAGGGUAUCCUGGCCACCCCAGACUUCUCCCAUACCGGCGAGCUGCAAACCCUCAACAUGAAGCUGCGUAACGCUCUCGACCUGUACGCCAACGUCGUGCACGUCAAGUCGCUGCCGAACGUCAACUGCCGCCACAAGGAUGUGGACUGCAUCAUCAUCAGAGAGCAAACCGAGGGCGAAUACUCCGCAUUGGAGCACGAGUCUGUGCCUGGAGUGGUCGAGUGCCUCAAAAUCAUCACCGCGGCCAAGUCCGACCGUAUCGCCAAGUUCGCGUUCGACUACGCGGUCAAAAUGGGCCGCAAGAAGGUCACCGCCGUCCACAAAGCCAACAUUAUGAAACUCGGCGACGGCACUUUCCUGAGGAGUUGCGAUCAGAUGGCAAAACUCUACCCCCGCAUCGAGUUCGAGAAAAUGAUCGUUGACAACUGCACGAUGCAGAUGGUGUCCAACCCGAAUCAGUUCGAUGUGAUGGUGACCCCCAACCUGUACGGCAACAUCGUGGACAACCUGGCCAGCGGGCUGGUGGGCGGCGCCGGGGUCGUGGCCGGCGCCUCCUACAGCGCCGAGUGCGCUGUGUUCGAACAGGGUGCUCGUCACAUCUUCUCCGGCGCCGUGGGCAAGAACAUCGCCAACCCGUGCGCCAUGCUGCUCUGCUCCGCUAACCUCCUCGCCCACGUCAACCUCCAUUCGUACUCCAAGAUGAUCAAGAACGCCAUCAACAAGGUCCUGGUGGACGGCAAGGUGAGGACGAAGGACCUCGGCGGACAGUCCACCACCAAAGACUUCACCUACGCCAUCAUUCACAGCCUCACCCAGCCGCAGUAAAUCAACUAACGUUUCAUGUUUCCCAACUAUGCUCGAAUGGAGUGUCUUUCAAUCUAGCAUAGACAAACAAACACUACGAUGCGUAAACGAUGGCGCGGUAUAGCGUGGUUUUGUGGUAGCUAGAUUGUUGAACCUUGACAACAGUUAUUCAGAACCAUCUAAAACCUGACCAGUAAUAUAUGAUCACGCGCCAUAUUGCGGAAUUUCAUUGGAACUAAGUUUUUCAUACUAAACUGAACUGUCACCCUAUACAUGAGAAUAACAGCGCCCUCUUGGCAAUGAUCAUAUAUUUCUGGUCAGGCUUUACUUCAGGUGGCAAAGUUGCGGAUUCAAUGUUUGGCAAUGAACGCGUAAAGACGCAUUUUGGAAUUUUUUUACCAAUGGAGGUUUGAAAAUGGUAUAACAAACACAAAUAGGUCUUUUGGAAGCCUCUGUCAGAGUGCCGGAUAGUAUUUCAUAGUAUAUAGAAUACCAAAUAACCGCCUAAAUAAAAAUUUGACAGUGGCUACCGAGAUUUCUUAGUUACUUUGUUAAACCAUUAAUUAUUGGCAAUAACGAUGGGAAAUUGGUCGUCCCAAUUGAAAUUAUACCAAAUAACAAUUGACAAUAAUUUGACAAUUGACGAUGAAAUUAUAAUUUAAUCAUGAUUUGAUGAAGUUGGGAAACAAUAUUGACCAAAAAGUUUGGCCAAAAUAAAAUCUUUUUCACUUAAGUAAGUUCAAGUAGUACAAUCCCAUUCAAAUCUAGAUGCAAUAAUUGUAAGGAUAAUUUAUUUAUAUUUAUUUAUGAUGUGAUCAGUUGAAUCUAACAGCGGAAUAUUCUCCAGUAUUCUCUAAGUAUUGAAAUCAGUUACCAUGUAAAUAAUAGGUAAAUAAAACGAAUAAAUACUG